AUGUCCGACUCCUUCACAAGCUCCUCGUAUUACUACAGCUCCACAACCAACGGCAACGAAGGCAGGACUACAACCGGACACAGGUAUUCGACAACCUCACAGACCGAGCCCGACGGUACGACCAUCGUGCGCACCGCUCAGCAAGAGCUAGGCCAACCAGCAGUCGUUGAAGAACGGCGCUACGACAACACAGGCCAGGAACAGCUGGGAUUGCCUGACUCCGCGGGUGGAACCUCUGCAGGCGGAGUACGACGCAUCACCGAUAUAGAGGAGGAUGUUUCAACUUCCCCGCCCAGUAUCUUGGCUAAUGUCGGUGGUCCGGCAGCUCAGCUCUUGGAUGGGGACGGCGAAGACAGUACGUUUAGUAUGGUUUCUGCGCCGCUGGGGACUAGGGUUUAUGACCCGGUGAGUGGCGCUUAUGAGGAACAAUCCGAGUAUGAUGUCGGCGGAGUUACCAGACGUCAUCUGGAGUCGAGAGAUCCUGGUGGCCGACGGGCUAGACGGGAUGUGGAUUUCGCUGCGGAUGGUCUUAGCUCCUCGGCGAGGGAGUCGCGUGAGUAUGAAGAUCCUAAUACGGGAGCUAGGCUACGGAGAGAGAGUGAUGUGAAUAUGUCGGAUCUGGCUUAG